ACAGUCCGCUGUUUAAAUGCAGCCGUAUGCUUGUAUGCAUACAUUCUAACUCUGCUCAAAGAAAACGACACGGUGUGAGGAGACGUACAGGAUGAUUUGGACACUGGUACCGGUGCUAAUCGGAGUCUUGUCCGCAGUGCUUUUACUCUACAAUAGACGCACAAGGAGAAUAAAUGAACCGCCGCUGGAUAAAGGCAGAAUUCCUUGGCUUGGUCAUGCUCUUGAUUUUGGGAAAGAUGCAGCAAAGUUUUUAAAACAGAUGAAAGAUAAGCACGGAGACAUAUUUACAGUGUGUGUGGCUGGUAAUUAUGUGACAGUCCUCUUGGAUUCCAAUUGCUAUGAUGAUGUGCUCAAAGACUCCCAGUCCCUAAGUCUGACUCGUUAUAGUCAACUUUUAAUGGAGAGAAUCUUCAACCUUCAGUUGCCUAAUCAUGACCCAGUCUCUGAGAGAAAAAGAGUGGACAAAUACUUUAGAGACAAUCUGUCUCAACUCUCCACCUCAAUGCAGAACAGCCUUCAAUUCCUCAUGGCAUCAGUAAAUACGCAGAACCCAAAAGACUGGAAAAAAGACAGACUUUUUGACUUCUGUUACAGCUUGCUCUUCAAGGCGGGAUAUAAUACUAUUUUUAGCCCAGAGAGUAAUGACAGUGCUGAAUUCAGUGAGGUUUAUGAAGAGUUUCGGCGAUUUGACAAGGUUUUACCUAAACUGGCACGAACUUCUGCAAAUAAAGAUGAGAUUAAGGUUGCCAGCUUAGCACGAAAGCAGCUGUGGGAACUGUUGCGUACAAACUUUAACACGGCAACAGUGGCCCUGUCAUGGAUUCAGACCUUCUUAAAGCACCUAGAAGAACAGGGCUUGGAUUCUGAGACCCAGCAGCGAGCCAUGCUUCUCCAGCUGUGGGUUACACAGGGUAACGCCGGUCCUGCAGCAUUCUGGUUGCUGGGCUUCUUGCUCACUCACCCAGAGGCUCUAAAAGCAGUGAAAGAGGAGCUGAGCCCCCUACAGCACCUCCCCCUGGACAAAAUAGAGAACACACCAGUGCUUAACAGUGUUCUGAUGGAGACGUUGCGCCUCAGAGCAGCUGCCCUUAUCACCAGAGAUGUGAUGAGGGACAAGACGGUUAAAUUAAGCAACGGCCAAGAUUAUGUUCUACGUCAUGGAGAUCGCCUCUGUAUCUUCCCUUUCAUCAGUCCACAAAUGGAUCCUCAAAUCCAUGAUGAGCCAGAGAAGUUCAAGUUUGACCGCUUCCUUAAUUCUGAUGGAACAGAGAAGAACAUGUUUUAUAAGGAGGGACUACGGAUGAAUUAUGGUACUAUGCCAUGGGGAGCAGGGAGCAAUUUGUGUCCUGGACGUGAUUUUGCAGUUUGUGCUUUAAAAAGGUUUGUGCUUAUGAUUUUGACCCAGUUCGACCUGGAGCUGUUUGAUUCGAAUGCAUGCAUGCCACCAGUGGAUGCCAGCCAUUAUGGGUUUGGGAUGCUUCAACCAGAAGGGGAUUUGGAAAUCCGCUAUAAGUUAAAAAAAUAAUUACAUAAUGUAAAAGUAAAGUUAAUAUAGUUUUAAAAUAAGUGGCUUCAUUGUAUAUAGGCAGCUGCUAUAAUUUGUUCUUAUUGCUUUUUGUACAGAUUUUGCAUACACCUGUAAUUUUUUUUUAAAUAAAACAGGUCAAAAAAUGUAAUAUUUGUACAGUUUUUAAAAUGCUACCCUGCUGACAGUGGUCUGUGCUUUUUGAUAGAUUUUUGUUUUGUGUAAUGAGAGUUGCUGUGUUAACUGUAACUGAGUACAGUUUUCCUAUGCUCUCCUUCAGCAUGCAUUUUUCCAAUGUUUUUCAACUUGAACCCAAAAACCUUUGCCUGAGUAUAUGUUAAAAGCAGCAAUUUAGGGUAAAGUGAG